AUGCAAAAACUAAUGUUCAUGAUCUUCCUCCUAUUUUGUGUUUGUGCCUGUGGUAAGUUAUUAUUUAAAUGCUAUCAAACAGAUUAAUAAAAUUUUACUAAAAUCAUAGAGUAAAAUUAAAAUAAUAAUAACAUAUUCUGUAUGAUUUAUAUAUUUAUUUUAUAUUUAUUUCUAUAUUUUCUGUAUAAUGAUACAUUAAAUAAUAAAUUCAUAGUGAUAGAAUUAGUUAUAUAUAUAACUACUAUUGACAAAUAACAAUACUUUUCUAAAUUUCUUCUUUUGAAAAAGCUAGCAGUUUUGUAAAACUAAUUAUUAUUUUAUCUAUCGCUAUGACAAAUAUUUAUGCAGCGUGGUCUUUAAACAAUCUUAAGUAUCAUAAAACUAUAUAUAUAUAGUUCAAACAUAAUAUUUCUGCAUGCAUUUCCCGAUUUUUCUGUAUAAUUAUUUAUGCUAAGAGAUUAAAGCGAUAGAUAGGUAAGAUUAUUAAAAACAAAAUAAUCGUGAUUUUUAAUAAAUUUUCUUUCUUCGAAUCAAGCAUAUCUUUUUUCUCAAAAAUUUCUGUAAUGUUAUUUAAUAACACAUAUGUAUAUAAUAUAUAUAAUAUGUAUUAUAUAUACAUAUAUAUAUAUAUACAUACAUAUAUACAUAUACAUACAUAUAUACAUAUAUAUAGUAUAUAUAUAUAAUAAAUAUAUAUUAUUAUACAUUAUAUAUAUAUAUAUAUUUAUUUAUUAAGCAAAAUGAUACGAUAAUCAUCAAAAUUUGUUAUGUGAUAUGAAAAAGAUGAUUGAAGAUGAAAAAUUAUCAUGUGAUAUGAAAACCAUUAUAACGACAGACGUCAGCCAUUUUUAAAGAACGAAGCAUUUUAUAUAAAUCUUAAUCAAUUUGUUUCUGACUUGUAAAGUGAAAAAAUAAUAUAGGUACUAGUUGAAGAGAAAAUAAAAAAUUGAAUUGAUGUUACAAAUCAUCAUGCAUGUAAAAUGUGAACGAUCCUCGAAGGCAAAUUCUUUUCUGUUUUUUAAACAAAAGAUGAAAAUUGCCCUGAGAUCAUCAAACGGAGCGAGUGGACCGAUAUAGAACCAAGAAGCGUGAAUUAUUUGAUUAUCCCCAUUCCGUAUGUCAUAAUUCAUCAUACAGUUACAUCAGAAUGUAACAGUAGAAGUACAUGCAUCGCUGUAGUCGAAAGCAUUCGACAACAUCACAUGGGUGAUAACAAAUUCGUAAUCGGUGGAGAUGGGAAUAUAUACGAGGGUUGCGGCUGGAAUCGCGAGGGUGCUCACACGUACGGAUACAAUAAAAAGUCAAUCUCCAUUGCUUUCGUUGGAAAUUUUGAAGAAAAGGCGGCAAGUGAUGAAAUGCUGAAUGCCGCGUACAAAUUAAUUCUCUGUGGCAAGUCACAAGGAACACUUCGGGAAAACGUUCGUGUAAUUGGUGCCAGACAAGUUAGAAAUGUUUUAAGUCCUGGACUCCAACUUCAGAAUCAGAUCAAAAAUUGGCCUGAAUGGGUUACUACUCCGUGA